GUUAAAGUACUUAUUUUUCUUUUGUGGAGACUGGAGAGUCAUGGGUUUCUUGUCUGCAUAGCUUGUUCUCUUUAAAAACGAAUAAAAAGGAGAGAGAGAAAACAAAGCUUGAGGUUACAUCAAUGGAGGAAGUAUCUCCGGCGGUUGCUAUGAUUUUCCCCGAAACCCAGAUGGAACUCGCAGGGAUCAUGUUGGGUAAAAGCUACCGCAACGGCCAAUACUCAACUCAAGAUUCCGACAACGGAGAUUCUAGACAGGAGACUUCAUGCUCUGUUUCUGAAUCUAGAAGAGUUUUGUCCUCUCCCAACUUCAACAUUAAGAAGCAAUCAUCACCCGCUGAUAUUGCCGCCGCCGGAGAAGAGAUCAACGGUUCAGAUGAGAGAUCGACGGAGAAGAAGAUGAUCAGCAGAACAGAGUGCAGGACUCUGUUCGAGUUCAAGAGCGUGCCUCUGUACGGUGUGACUUCCAUCUGUGGAAGAAGACCGGAGAUGGAAGAUGCUGUCUCCGCGAUACCAAGAUUCCUUCAGUCUCCAACCAAUUCGUUGAUAGAUGGUCGUUUCAAUCCUCAGUCCGCCGCUCACUUCUUCGGUGUCUACGACGGCCACGGCGGUUCUCAGGUAGCGAACUAUUGCAGGGAGAGGAUGCACUUGGCUUUAGCGGAGGAGAUAGAGAAGGGGAAACCGAUGCUCUAUGACGGUGACACGUGGCAGGAGAAGUGGAAUAGAGCUCUGUUCAGCUCGUUCCUCCGCGUUGACUCGGAGAUCGAGUCGGUGGCCCCGGAGACUGUCGGGUCAACGUCGGUCGUCGCCAUCGUGUUCCCGACUCAUAUCUUCGUCGCGAACUGCGGCGACUCAAGAGCCGUUCUUUGCCGCGGCAAGACUGCGUUGCCUUUAUCUACUGAUCACAAGCCGGAUAGAGAAGACGAGGCGGCGAGGAUUGAAGCCGCCGGAGGGAAAGUGAUCCGGUGGAACGGAGCUCGUGUGUUCGGUGUUCUUGCCAUGUCAAGAUCCCUUGGCGAUAGAUACUUGAAACCGUCGAUCAUUCCUGAUCCGAAAGUGACUGCUGUAAAGAGAGUCAAAGAAGAUGACUGUCUGAUACUAGCGAGUGACGGUGUUUGGGAUGUAAUGACGGAUGAGGAAGCGUGUGAGAUGGCCCGGAAGCGUAUUCUCUUGUGGCACAAGAAGAACAUGGUGGCUGGAGAUGCGUCGUUGCUCACGGAGGAGAGAAGAGGGGGAGGGGAAGGAGAAGAUCCGGCGGCAAGGUCUGCGGCUGAGUACUUGUCAAAGCUGGCUUUACAGAGAGGAAGCAAAGACAAUAUAACUGUGGUGGUGGUUGAUCUGAAGCCUCAUAGGAAACUCAAGAUCAAAGCCUUGAGCUGAAACAGAGGGUCCUUUUUCUAUCUUUUAUCAAAGAAUAUAGGUCUCUCAAAGAAACAAAUUAUAAUUUUUAAACUGACAUGUUACAAUCAUGUCAGACAAUGUAGCUUAAAAUGUUAAGCUCAUUGUCUUUACGUCUCAAAAGCCCCUUGUAUUUUUCCUCCUGGGCUUAUUGUAAUAUGGUUACAAUAUACAUUAAUAUAUAGACAUC